UGCAGUGUAACCGAAAAUAUGGAAGACACACCGCAUGCCCAAGUGAAAUUUUUCACCAAACAAUCAAAAUACUCAGUGCCAGACACACCGUUUUCUGUUCCUGUGACAGUUAAUACUGGUGAUCUGAGCUCCCUUAUCAAUGGACUUAUCAAGGAAAACGUAGACAAAGAUGUAGACAUAGACUUUGACUUCUUGAUUGACGGCGAGUUCCUGAGAGUGAGCCUUGAGAAACACUUAGAGCAGAAAGAAGUUUCCACGGAAACAGUUGCUGAGUUAGAAUAUGUUGAGAGGCACCCAGCCCCUCGUCCUGAAGAUUCACUUGACCAUGAUGACUGGGUCAGCUGUGUACAUGCAGCAAACAACUGCAUUUUAAGUGGAAGCUAUGACAACACCCUGCACCUGUGGUCAGCCAAGGGUGACGCCUUACUUACCAUUCCUGGUCAUACACAACCUGUCAAGUGUGUUAAAUGGAUACAACAUGAUCCAGGAAAGUCGAGCAGUUUUCUGUCGGGAUCACAUGACCAGACUGUGUUGCUAUGGCAAUGGGAUGAGGGGAAGCGAGAGGUAGACUGUGUCCACUGUUGUCGAGGUCAUGCUGCCAGUGUUGACUGUAUUGCUGUAAACCAGUCAGGGGACAAGUUUUGCUCUGGUUCUUGGGACAAAAUGUUGAAGAUGUGGUCCGCAGUGAUAGACAGAACCGAGGAAUCUCCUAGUGACGAUGAAGACAAACCAGCUAAGAAAAAGAAGACGAGUGGCCCCAAAGUUCAGACCCGGGUGCCUAUUCUAACCCUGUCAGGGCACACAGAGGCGGUAUCAGGAGUCACCUGGCUCGGGGACCAGGAAGUGUGCACAGCCUCAUGGGACCACACCCUGCGACUAUGGGACCUGGAGAAGGCAGAACAGAAAUCUACAAUGCAAGGGAACAAGGUAUUCCUGUCUGUUUCCUACUCUCCUGCCAAUGGGCUUCUGGUCACAGGUUCGGCAGACCGACAUGUGCGCUUAUGGGACCCAAGAUGUUCAGAUGGGUCGAUAGUGAAGAGCACCUACACGUCCCACCAGGGCUGGGUGUCCAGUGUGGCUUGGUCGCCCACCAACCGACACCAGUUCAUCUCUGGCUCAUACGACAACCUCAUGAAACUCUGGGACCAAAGAAGCCCUAAGGCCCCCCUCUAUAAUCUGGUUGGCCACACUGACAAGAUCUUGGCUGUUGAUUGGUCGAUACCAAGCAUGUUGCUGUCAGGAGGGGCUGACAAUCAGCUGAAGAUAUUCCAGUAUGAGGAUGUGGCUGGCAAGAAAUCUUGAGGAAUGACUUGUGUUAUAAUAAAUUUUCAACUUGA